GUCCUCCAACGCCGGUCAGGGUGUCAUCAGCUAUUCAUCGAUAAUUACCGAUUAAAGUGGUAUGGAUUUACAACAGCAGAUUGUGGAGUUGAGGGAGAAAUUUUUUAAAAAACUCAAGGAUGAAACACCGUCAGAUGAACGUGGUUUUCACCCUGAUGAUUUGGCGAGAAUUAGGACCAAGGACGACUAUCUCACGAGAUGGCUGGAACAUGCAGAAUUCAAAGUUGAGGAGGCAGUGAAUAUGUUGUGGGCGGCCUGCGAGUGGAGACGAAAAGUCGGGGCCAAUGACAUCAGCGAGGACAACCUCGUCCGGGAGUACCUCCAGGACGGGGUGGUAUAUGGUUAUGGGAGAGAUCGGGAUGGCAAGGGAAUGCUAAUCAUCAAAUCUAAACUCCACAUAAAAGGGAAUAGAGACUUUGGGGAGUUGCAGAGGUGCAUUAUUUAUUGGUUUGAACGAUUGGAGAGAGAAGGUCAUGAACAAAUCACACUCUUCUUCGACAUGUGUGAGGCAGGUUUUUCCAACAUGGACAUGGAGUUUACAAAAUACUUGAUAAAUCUAUUCAAAUACUAUUAUCCAAACUUUCUCAACAAUAUAAUUCUGCUUGAGAUGCCAUGGGUGCUAAAUACAGCACUGAAGCUAAUAAAAUCCUGGCUUCCAGCGAAGGCUAUUCCUAAAAUAAAGCAGGUGAACAAGACUCUAUUGAUGGAAUACGUAGAUCCAAGUGUUGCACUGAUAUCCUGGGGUGGAGAAAAUGACUACAAAUUUACCUUUGUACCGGAAGUUCGUAAUGCUGCCAAUUUAAUUAAUGGUAAAUUGGAUAAUAAAAAAGUUCAUUUUGCUGAGGCAUCGCCGUUGAAUGAGCAGCCAGCUUCUACCUUUGGAGAUCAAUCAAAUGAAGAAUCAAUGCUUUCAAUCACUCCUGACGUGAUAUCAUUUAACAAAGAGGGGCAGGAGAUUCUCGGUACGAUUGUUCUGAAGAAUCAGACUGUUGAUAAGUGCAUUUCCUACAAGAUAAAAACAACAGCUCCAGAAAAAUUUCGUGUACGCAGAAGCACAGGUGUAUUACUGCCAGCACAGCAGGUCACCGUGACAGUGUCAUUGCAGCCUGGUUUCAAUUUACGUUCAUUAUUACACAAUGAUAAAUUUUUGAUCAUGUGUCUGCCAAUGACGGAUGCCAAAAUGACAGCUGAAGAGUUAGCUGAUUUUUGGAAGACUAAUGGCGAAUCAGCAGAGCAUCAUAGAGUCUGGUGUCGUGAUGGAGCAGGCGGUCCGGCGGGGUCGAUUCUCUCCCCAGGGUCACCAGGAAGCGAGAGAACUAUGGACCAACUCUAUACAAAGCUGUCCCAUCUUGAGGAGUGUCAUGGCAAGUUACAUAAAGACCUGAGGACUCUGAAGCACGUGAUGAUAAUAUCAAUAAUCUGGACAGUAGUAGCAGCCAUUGCAAUCGUCUACAUCUUGCGUUCUGACAUUGGACAAAUCAUCAGCGGUGAUCAGAGCUGUCACCUUCAUCAAGGGUAGUACGAGGUUUGCGAUUGGUAGUCGCAACGAUGCAAAAUUAGCUAAACAAAGUCGAAGGCUUGGAACCAACAAUCAUAACCAAUUUAUGAAGAAUUUAUCAACAAAUUGUGAACACCACACGGUUAUGCCACACAAUACUAAAGACGCGUGUAAAUAAUAAUUCACAGCAGUUGUCAUUCCUAUUGAAUUUUCUCUUUUGUUCGAUGGACGUUCUCUCCCACUCCACAAGACAACCAAUUCGCAACAAUGAAAUUCCUCAACAAAAAAAAGGAUGAAAAAUCGAACAAUAGUGAGGAAUAUUUUUGUAUGCUUUUAUACAUUAGUGUCUGUGAUGUGAAAAUAAAAAAAAUUUAAUGCCGCCAGCAAACGAGUGAUUAUGGAUGCGCGCAAUUACUCCCCAUUCAUUUAUACGCCUAUUAUACAAAAUAAAUAUCUAAUGAAGUGUUAUUCAAAGUAAGAAAUUCUUAUAUAUUUUGUAAUUAAUAACAAGACGUAAUUUAUAAGGUGAAAAUACGGCUUACUCGAUGGAAGGCAAACGUGUAACUUUGUAAUUUAUAUAAAACAAAAAGCUUAGAAUAAAAUUUGCAGAUGAAAAAAA